GUGCAUCAGCUGGGUAUUAAGUAAUGUCAAUGUUGUUAGUGUAGGGUGUAGGCAGGGCUGUGGGUGGUAAUUCGAGUGCUUCCAGCACAUUGGCGGCUAUAUAUAUGCGUGCUAUUCAUAGCGCAGGGCUUGCGGCUCACCGAUGCACAGAACAGCAGCAGGUCAAGCGCGAGAGUCCAGCGGUCGGCCAGCACGUGCCCCCAGCUCGUGGAAGCUCAUGCCGAUGAUCGUGGUGGUGCCAUAAGCCAGGUGGCGCGAUGAGAGGGGGCGGUGCUACGAGUCGUGUGGCGCGAUGAUUGGGGUGGUGAGAGGAGAGGGGUGGCACGAUGACCGGGGUGGCUUCACGAUCGGGGUGGUGGCGGCGGCAGUGAACCGAGCGGUGCAAUAAUGAGCAAGCCGUCGCCGACGCGCGACCUGCGGGUCACGGUGGAAGGGGUCAGGUUCGAGGUCAACCGGAGCCGCAUGGCCGAGCACUGCGACUACUUUGGCGCGCUCUUCCGGUCCGGAAUGCGCGAGUGCCACCGCGACGAGCUGGAAAUAACCGGAUGCAUCACCGCAAACGGUUUCUCCAUCAUGCUGCGAGUUCUGGACGACGACGACGCCACGCCUCUCCGAGUCGACGACGUCGUCGACGCGGUGGAGGCCGCCGGCUUCCUGCAGGUGAGCGCCCUGGUCGCGUACCUGAGUGCGGCGGUAGAUUCGGACAACUGCGUGGAGAUGCUCGUCGCCGCCAGCGAGUACGGCGUUGAGCGGGUGCGCCGCUGCGCCGCUCACUUUGUGCGGGACGUGCUCGACGAGCCGCGCUUCGUGAGCAGGUUGAGCCUCCUGUCCGAGGAGCAGCGGCUUCACGUGUCCGCGCUGCAGCCGAGCCGCCUGUCGGCGGUCGGCACGUAUUCCUCGUCGAACGCCUACCUGGACGACAAGUCGCGCACCGUCUGCUGCCUGGACGAAGUCCACAACCGCUGGGAGGUGGUCACGGCCCUUCCCUGCAGCGCGAGCUCGGCGCUGGCGGGUAUCGCCGUGCUAAACAACAAGCUGUACCUGGUCGGCGGGAUCCGCGGGAUGGAACGCGACCCCGUGGAGACGACCUUCUGCUACGACCCGCUCCGGAGGGCGUGGCGGGAGCUCGCCGGCCCCAACCAGCCGCGCUACAACCUCGCGCUGCUGGCCCACCGGGACCGCCUGCUGGCGAUCGGCGGCGAGUACGGCGGCAUCAAGCUGGCGACGGUGGAGAGCUUCGACGAGCGCGCCGAGGAGUGGUCGCCCUGCGCGCCGCUCCCCCAGGCGGCCGCCGGGGCGGCUUGCGCCACGACGCUGGGCCGCGCCUUCGUGUGCCUGUGGAAGCCGCUCGACACCACCACCAUCUCGGAGCUGGACGCGGACGGCGAGGGCUGGCGCCGCCUGGCCACGCUCGUUAAGCCGCAGAGCUACGGCCACUGCAUGGUGGCCCACAGGGACAACCUCUACGUGAUCCGCAACGGGCCCUAUGACGACUUCCUGCACUGCGCCAUCGACCGCUACAAUAUCAGCAGCGCGGCGUGGACGACGCUGGCCGGGCAGUACAUGAACAGCAAGGGCGCGCUGUUCUCCUCGGUCGUGAAGGGCGACCGAGUGUUCACGCUCAACCGCAUGAUUGCGAUGCCCUACGCCAUCGAGGCGGAACGCUGGAGGCCUCUCCCUGCGCUUGCUGGGUUCCCCAGAGGUGGAACCCUGCACACGUUCCUGCUGAGGUUGUAAAUAGAGACACCGAGACUGUGUGCGAGACACCGAGACCGAGAGCGAGACAACCCUGCACGACACGCGACUCCGCCUCUCCUCCACUUUGGCCACACACGUGUGCGGGCCUCACAGGGGAUGCCAGGUGUGUGACCCAGGUGGGUAACUGUGGAAGAACGAGCAGCUGUGCAGGUUUUGAGAAAGGAUUGGCUGGUUUGGCUUGUUUUGUUUCCUUUCUCCAGAACAAAAACCUGCGUUAAAGCACGGAUGUUGGUCUGCUGCGGUGCGUUUCGCGCGAUGGAACUAAGAAAUCUCAAUGGCUUAACUUGGCUUAGCGCCGCACACGCUGGCAGCUCGUAGAUGGCCAACUUCCAACUGUGUCUGUCCCGGUUCCAAGCAAUCUUCCAGCUUAUCCGCUUCUGUGAGCGUGAUUCCCAGCGUCUGGGAGGUCAUUCCCAGCGUCUAGGAGCGUGAUUCCCAGCGUCUAGGAGCGUGAUUCCCGGCGUCUGGGAGCGUGAUUCCCAGCGUCUGGGAGGUCAUUCCCAGCGUCUAGGAGCGUGAUUCCCAGCGUCUAGGAGCGUGAUUCCCGGCGUCUGGGAGCGUGAUUCCCAGCGUCUGGGAGCGUGAAUCCCGGCGUCUGGGAGCGUGAUUCCCAGCGUCUGGGAGCGUGAUUCCCUGCCUCUGGGAGUGGGAUUCCCGGCGUUUGAGAGCAUGAUUCCCUGCCUCUGGGAGCGUGAUUCCCGGCGUCUGGGAGCGUGAUUCCCGGCACCUGAGAGUGAUUCCUGGCGUCUGGGCUCUUCAAAGAAAUAUUCUUCUUUGCCAACCCAGCAGUGGCGUAGUGACGACAUUAUCAGCUCGGGGGGGGG